AAUGGCGGCUAAACAGCGCGUGAUUAUCACUGGUGCUUCUGGUCUCCUUGGUAGGGCAAUCAUGAAGCAAUUCCUGAAAUCUGAAAAAUGGGAAGUGUUGGGACUAGCUCAUUCUCGAGCUGCGGGAGCUCUGAAAAAGGUUGAUCUUCUUGAUUUUGACGAAAGCAAACGAGUCGUAAGUGAGUUCAAACCUCAUGUUCUGAUACACGCUGCGGCCGAGAGAAGACCAGAUGUUGUGGAGAAUGACGAGGAAACAUGCACGAAAAUGAAUGUCGCUGUAACCAAGGCAUUGGUAGAAGCCAUCAACGAGCUGAACAGUGACAGGGAGACUCCAGAUCACUUCAUGCUUUAUAUAAGUACUGAUUAUGUGUUUGAUGGAACCAAUCCUCCGUACAAACCGCAGGACCAAGCUAACCCAUUGAACAAGUAUGGUAAAAGCAAACUGGAGGGAGAACAGGUUAUGCAUUAUCGUGAUGGAGGGAUUCUUCGGGUUCCCAUUUUGUACGGGGAUGUGGAAUAUCUAAAGGAAAGCGCAGUAACGGUUUUAUUUGAUGCUGUCAAGCAGGAGGAGAAACCUGCCAUAAUUGAUGAUUAUCAAAUCCGUUAUCCAACCCUGGUGGACGAUGUUGCUGCUGUUUGCAAAUUUAUUGCAGAAAAGCACAUCACUGAUCAUACAAUGACUGGGAUUUGGCACUGGAGCAGCACUGAAGCCAUGUCAAAAUAUUCCAUGGCUUGUCAUAUGGCUGAAAUUUUUGAUUUGCCUCACAGUCACUUGACAGCAAAUCCCAACCCUCCCACGGGAACACCAAGGCCUCACAAUACAGCCCUUGAGUGUUCGAGAUUGGAGACUAUGAUGCAAGAUGGCGGAGCAAGCAUGCGUACUCCAUUUAAGCAAGCAAUUAAACGAUGUUUGCAACCGUUUGUGUAGCUCUCAUUAGCUGGGGACAAUUUUGAAAGGGAAAAAAGAUACAUGCAAUGUGAACUGAUAAAGUGAAAGUAAUAAUAAAUCUAACAAAAUCAAAUUGACGAAUAAAUAGACGAGAAUGCU